UUGUGAUCUCACCCCACCUAUGAAGACUACAUGCUACUUGGCUGUUUUGAUGUAACAAAGGACACGUUGUAUGUCCUAGUUCUUAAAAAGUAUACAACUUAAUAAUCAGAGCGGGUUCAACAUUUUAAAUCCUUUUAUACUUUUUUUCUCUAAGGAUGCUGUCAAAGACCAGAAUAUGGGAAAACGUCAGAAUGAAACAUCCAUCCAGUCGAGGUUUACGUCAGAGUUUGAUCCCAUGGAGUGUCUUGGCAGAGGAGCCUUUGGUCGUGUUUACAAAGCAAGACAUAAAUUGCUGGAGAGCCUUUAUGCUGUAAAGGUUGUCUGCUGUGAAGAGAAAUCUCUUCGAGAAAUUAGAACAUUAUCAGAACUCCACCACUGUAACAUCGUCAGAUACUACACAUUUUGGAUGGAGGAUUCAGGAUACCAGGGGAAUUCUGAAUCAACGAACAGUUCAGCUGAAAGUUCGGCUGGUUACGGCUCUUCCCAGACUUCAAGUAAUUUAUCGGCAAAGUACUUCUAUAUUCAGAUGGAGUUAUGUGACACCAAAACACUAAAAGAUUGGAUUGCUGAGAAGAACACUGAGUCUCUGCAAGAAUCCAAGAGAAGAGAAGAAGGUCUCAGCAUUGCUCAGCAGAUAGUCAGUGGAGUCGAAUAUAUUCACUCCAAGAAGCACAUCCACAGGGACCUUAAGCCUGACAACAUCUUCUUUGGACUGGAUGGAGAAGUGAAGAUUGGAGACUUUGGUCUGGUCACCAGAGAUGCUGAUGAUGGCGAUGCUUUGAUGGAGAGAUCAGAGCAAAGAGGAACCAAAACUUACAUGGCCCCUGAACAAAGGGGGAAGAACUAUGACCGUAAAGUGGACAUAUUUGCUCUGGGGUUGAUCUACUUUGAAAUCCUUUGGAAACUCUCUACUGGCCACGAAAGAGGAGUGGUUUGGGAUGAUGCCAGAAGUCAGAAGCUCCCUGAAGAGUUUGGACUGACCUUUCCCCAAGAGAACCAAAUCAUUGAGUUAAUGCUGAAUGAGAAGCCUGAAGACCGACCCGAAGCAACUAAACUGAAGGCAGAAAUGGAGAUGUGUGCUCAGACAUUAAACACACAAAAUAUGCAUCAGGAAGAUGCAGCUGUCUGAUUAUCACAAGGAAUUGUGAUAAGUCUUUACCAGCAUAUGGAAAUGUAUCUGUUAUAAUGUCUAAUGUUACCAAUAUGAUUUUGGAGGGACAUGGUUCACGUACUGCACUUGUAUAACUGAGAUCAGUACAAAGCUCUUCACAAGGCCUCACGUUCACUCCCUCAAACACACAACCACGGGAACAGUCGUGUGUUUGAGGCUCAAGGACACAUCAACUUCAAGACAGAAGCUCAAAUGAUUAACCAUUCAAGUAUUGAAGAAACUGGAAAGCGGUCCUAGUAGUAUAGGUUUUAAUAAUCGGAACGAAUCAUGAAAUCAAGUUUAUUGUGAUUUUAGAAAAUAACUAUUGGUUCUAAAUAAUCAUGUGCCGAUAAUUUCUGUGUCCACAGUUGACAUUUUAUUCUAUACUGAAACGGUUGAUGACUUUAAAGUAAUGUGACAUGAUGUCACAUUACAGCCUUUGUUUUAGAGUGUGUAUGUUAAUAAGGGUUAUCCUGGAUAGAAUGGUCAGAUAUCUAUACACUAAAUGUACAUAUACAGUAUAUACACACAUACUAUACUAUACAUACAGUAUAGACAGUACAGUCACCAGACAGAAAACUUUGGACGGGCAUCUUAUUUCUCAAGGUGGGGCCCUCUUUUUGGAUUGUUUGUUGGGGUUUUGCAUACAUUUGUUAUAACAAAAACAAAAUUGAGAAAUAAUAGAAAUAUUGACCAUAUUUUAUUAUAUUUCAACAAUAUUGUUGGACAGAAUUCACUGGUAUAUUGAUGAAUUAGGUUUUUAUAUUGUGUGAGUGGCUGCUGCACCUGUUGCAUCAGGAUUAAAGGUUUACAAUAUGGUUUUGAUGUUAUCUUCCUUUUGAUGUAUUUUUCCUUAGCCAAUGUAUGCACAUUUUUUAUUUAGCCAAUAAAAACACAGCAUUACAGUAAAAUGUAAUUACGUGAACAAAAGACUUUCAUUAUGCCGUUACAACAUUCUGCUUGACAAUAAUCAUAUGACAUGACAGCCAAUGACAGUAUGAAAACGGAACAGCUAAGAAAUAUUGGAAAAAAUAGACCUUUGGCUAAAAUAGAACUUGUAUUCAUGCACAUCCCAGCAUUCAUUAUAUAAAUGUGAGAAAAUUAUAUUGAGCUUUUUCUAACUUUUCCUGUACUCCCUCUGCGUUUUGUUACGUUGUGUCAUUGCAAAUUGGUGGUCAUUGGGUGGACGGAAAGUUCACCAAAGUUCAACUCCAUGAAAAUGUAAAGAUGAGAGUUUGCUCCACCACUGGAAGCAAAUGUUUUUAUCGCCCCUUUGCUCACAGAAUGAAAGUGAACAGGAGGCAAAUGUUUAUUACGUGCAUGUGUGACAGUGCCUUUAAUGAUUUGAUCACAUGCAUGUUAAAACACAGUGUUUGAUGAUGAAUUAGAAAAAGUGUUUGUUUGAAUUUUGUCAACUAGCAAGAUGAUGACUGCACACAACAGCAGCAAAGAUGUGGAGAG